AUCUAUUAUAAUUAUACCUAAUGGGUGUGAAUUUCAGUCGACUUAAUAUCUUCGUUUGAUGUUUUAAGGUAGUGUUUAGUCACGAAUCGUUCAAAGAAAGAUUAAUCCCGGUAAAUACCUUUGAAAAAUAGAGUUGAUUUUUCGAACAGCAUAAGAAUAAAAUAAGGCCAUUUUUGGUUGAUACUAAAAGUUGACCUUUGUUCUGCGAAAACUUCUCCAGACAUUUUUUUCAAUUUUUUUCGUUAUUAGAGAAGGAACACAGUGACAUUAUUAUGUUUCUUCAUCGGAUCACAAUUUUAUUGCUAAUAUCGUGGACAUCUGUUGCACUUAAUUGUCCGGAAAGCUUGGAUGAUGUUAGAUGUAGCUGCGAAAAUGAAAAAAAUCUUCUAAAAAUAUAUUGCAGAGAUUGGGAUAAACGAAUUGUUUUUCCAGUUUUCGAUAAAGAAGUACGAAAAAGCACAUUUCUUUUGAAUUUAGCAGAUAAUCGAAUAACUUCUGUAGCUAGAGAAAAUUUAAGUUAUUUUUUUAAACUAACUCAACUAGAUAUUUCCAACAAUAGAAUAUCGCUGUUAUCAACUAAUUUACUUUCAGCUUGUAUUGUUUUGGAAAGACUAAAUCUUUCAGGAAAUCUUAUCUCGGAAAGAUCGCUCAGUCAGAAGGUCUUUCUGCAAAAUAAGAAUUUAAAAAUUUUGGACUUGAGUCGGAACAAAUUAAGUGGAAUAUUAUCUUAUAACAACUUUGCUGGACUUGAUAAAUUAGAUACAUUAAUAUUGGAGCAUAAUGAUAUUAGAGGAUUCCAAGCAAAUACAUUUAAAGACAUGGUCAAUUUAAAACAUUUACGUUUGAAUGAAAAUAGACUUGAUAUUCUAGAUACGUAUUUUCAACCGUUAAAAAGUCUUGUUGCCUUGGAAUUACAGUUUUGCUCUAUUAAAAGGAUAAGACCAAUGGCGUUUAAUCAAUCAAUUGAAUUGGCAACUUUAGAUUUAAGCAAAAAUAGGCUAGAAGAAGUUCCUAUUAAAAGCUUAAAGUUUUUAAGACAUUUAACCGUCCUACUUUUAAAUAAGAACAAUUUUACGACAAUACCAUCUUAUUCAUUCACAUUUCUUGGUAGGUUACAAGAAUUACGAUUAUCCCAUAUGCAACAUUUAAAAAGUGUUCAAGAUUACGCAUUUGACGGAUUACAUUCUAUUAUAGAGCUUCACAUGUCUAAUAAUCCCAAAUUAUCUUAUAUAAGUAAUAAGGCUUUUCAAGAGAUGGCAACUCCUAAAGUUCUUUCUUUACACUCCAACAAUUUAACUACUAUAGGCAAUGACGCCUUACGCUGGUACGGCAUAUCAGUAAAGGAGCUCUAUAUGAAUCCUUGGAAUUGUAACUGCUCUCUUAGAUUCUUAAUUCACUUAUUAAAGCGUAAUAAAGGAAAACCCGAUGAGAAAAUCAUUUGUCAAACACCAGCUAACUUAAAGGAUAAAGCAGUUAUUAAUUUAAGAGAUCCAGAAGUUUGUCAAUCUAUUGAUCAAUCUUCAUUGGCAUCUUCAAAUAAUACAACAAGUGAUAAUAGCCAAGUAUGGAUAAUAGCUCCAAUUUGCAGUAUUGUUGCAGUAGUAAUCAUUGUUAUUGUAAUUGGAAUUUUUAUAUGGAAGAAAAGGAACAAAGAUAAAGGUUAUCAAAGAACUCAACAGGCAAAAGAGUUUGACGAUUUUUCGGAUAAGAGUAGAAGUCACUACUCGAUAACUGAAGACGACGACGGUUUUGCGUGGGAUGAUACAACUACUGGCAAUUGGGUUCCAAGGACAGCUGAAACAAAGAACACAGGAAGUUUAAUCAAUGCAUAAACAAAUUCUAUUGUUAAUGACUGCUAUAGGAUCCUUAUUUUUCAUACUUUAUAUUGAUUCAAACUUAAUGUAACAAAGCAUAUCAUUAUUUAAUAAUAAAUGUUAAAUAGUAUGAAAAGGUAAUACUUGAAAGAAUUAUUCACUUUCUUUCGAAUAAAACCAUUAUAGCUUAAUUGAUUUAUUUGUUGAUAAUCAGGAUCUCAAUUAUACUUGUCUGUCCAGAGUCUUUGUUGAUCAUCUGCCAAUAUGCUAUCUAAGCAAAACAGCAUAUGAUCAAUGACCAUGCAGAGCAGAAACAAUUCGAAUAUAUAAAUAUAAAAGUGUUUAUUAAUCAGCUGAAAAAUAAUUGAUGUCAGCAAAAAUUACAAUAUAGUAUGCGUUAUAAUUAGUUACAACUAUUAUUUAACAACACAAUCCUAUAUCGAUGGAUUCUCG